UUUUCCGACAACUAAAAACGAACCCUUUAAGAUACAUUAGAAAGAUGGAAAAAGUAGGCUUGAGCAAGAUAUUCAAGUUGAACUGGGCUAACACAGCUAUAAACAGCUUAGCCAUUGAUGAAAGUGGAGCUUUCGGCUCCAGACAAGUCAGGGGGUAUCAUUAUAGCACGGUUUCUCCAACCCCUUGUGAAAAUCCCAGCCUCGUCUCUAUUUGAGACAACAUUAUGGAAGAAGCACUUGAUAUUCCUAAAGGAAGCAUAAUUGAAGAUUCUGAGGAAUGGGCUCAAGUCCUUUCUGGAAAUAAAUUAUUUGAAGGAUCUAAACCGAUUUCUCAUUGAUACUGCGGACACCAAUUUGGAGUAUUUGCAGGCCAGCUAGGUGAUGGUAGAGCAAUCUCUCUUGGAGAUAUAAGAAACAACAAAGGAGAGAUAUGGGAGCUACAGCUAAAAGGAGCUGGACUAACUCCUUACUCACGAACUGCAGAUGGUAGAGCAGUCCUAAGAAGUUCCAUCAGAGAAUACUUGUGAUCAGAGGCUAUCCAUGCUCUUGGAAUUCCUACUACAAGAGCAGGAUCUAUUAUCACCUCAGAUUCAACUGUAGCGAGAGACUUACUAUAUAAUGGGAAUGUCAUCUAUGAAAAUUGAUCAGUUGUCCUAAGACUUGCUCCGUCCUUUAUCAGAUUUGGAUCCUUCGAAAUCUGUCUGCCUACUAAUAAAUUGUCUGGUGCUGAAGGUCCAAGCCAUGGGUUAGAGGAUGAGCUUAUCCCCCAACUAUAUCAAUACGUAAUAGAUAAUUUUUAUCCAGAAAUUUGGAAGAGAUAUGAAAGUGAAGAAAUUACAAAAGAGGAUAUGUUCUUAGAAACAUUUAAAGAAAUCCAAAGAAGAACUGCUCAAACAGUAGCAAAAUGGCAAGCUGUAGGAUUCUGUCACGGAGUUCUAAACACUGAUAAUAUGUCUAUCCUUGGCCUUACAAUAGAUUAUGGACCAUUCGGGUUUAUGGAUAACUUUAACCCUGACCAUAUAUGAAACCACUCUGAUAAAGAUGGAAGAUAUUCAUAUGAUAACCAGCCAACGAUGUGUAAAUGGAAUCUGAUAAAACUCUCUGAAGCGCUUGAAUCCUUAAUCCCUGAAGCUAAAGAGCACGUCACAAAUAACUUUGAUAUGGAAUACUCUACUUUUUACAUCCAAGAGUUCCAAAGCAAACUUGGCAUUAAGAAGCAGCAAAUUGGAGAUUUGCAGAUGUAUGAAUACUUAAUAUCUACUCUAAAGGCAGGAGGAUAUGAUUGGACAAAUUUCUUUAGAAUUCUCUCUGGAAUUACAGUCCCUGAUACAGAAGAAGAUUGAACAAAUUUGGAAAGCAUCCAGAGUGUAAUUGAUUCAAUCUUCGAACUAAGAACAAAGAAGAGUUUGAUGUGUAAACGUAAAAAGCCUCAAUUUGCCAAAAUGCAAUUGAUGAAGCUGAAAGAGAUUAUGGAUACUCAGCCUGAGCUUCUUAAAUAUAUAAAUGCUGAUCCUAAGUUUAUUGAGAAGGAAUUACAAAAGGAUGAAGAGUAUACUAAGCUAGUGGCAUCAGAGGAGUCUGAAUUAGAUAAAGAGACAAGAGAAUCUUUGAAUAAUUUUGUAAUCACCUAUAGAAAGAGACUCUUCCAAGAUUUUGAGAAUAGAGAUGACCAGGAAUUGACUUUAGAAGAAUUUAAUUCCCAGAGAGUUUUAAAUAUGUUGAAGACGAACCCUAAGUUUAUCCUUAGAAAUCACCUUGCACAAGAAUGCAUUAAAAAGGCUGAAGAAGGAGAUUAUUCAAUGAUUGAUGGACUAUUAAAAGUAUUAGAAUCUCCGUUCGAUGAACAUGAUGGUACUCCAGAUCACUGGUCUGCUCCAGCUCCUGAAUCAGCAUAUGAUCUUUGUGUUUCAUGCUCUUCAUAAUCAAUUCAAUAAUAUCCAUAAUUGUA